AGGCAGUCAAAUACUAUUCCAAAGGGAAAAAAAAAAAACAAAUAAAAGCAUAAUCACGUUUACAGUUGCAGCCUUUGUUUCGGGUUUUUUUCAUGGGUCACUAAGUUUGGGUCUGAAUCAAAAAUCCGGAUCCGUGUUUGUGAUUUCUGAAUUUGGAAAGUUUAAGCUGCAAAAGAACCCAUUGAUUUUCCCAUUCAAAUCAAUCUGCGAACCAAGAAGUUUUCGAAGUUCUUGAAGAAAAGUGGUAUUGUGGCGUCGUCGUUUCGUGCGGUUGCGUUGCUUGUCUCCGCCGUUGAUCAACCCCUCCUCCUCCGUCGCCGGCGAAACCCAUUUCUUCAACCCCCAGAUCGGAAUCUUCUUCGAACUUAAAUUCUACGGAAUAAAUCGUUAAAGAACAGAAAUAAGGGACUGCUGUUUAAUCUUGCGCAUAGUGUCGUGCAUAUUUUCAGUAUGAAUAUGCAGCCAGUCAUACAGCCCCGCUCUGCGGCUAAUGGUUUUGGCCGUCGUAGGAUUGAAAAAGAUGGUGGCUCUCGAUUGGACAAUAGAAUGCAAACUGGAAAAUCAAAUCAUAGUCGUUCAACAAGUAUAGGUUGGUUUUCUGGCUAGAAGUCUACUAUAUUUUUUUUACUUUUGAUGUCUGAUACUGAUUGUUUCCACCGAAGAUGCAGGUCGGGAGAGCUCUUCACGGGAUCGGCUAGUUUAUUUUGAGACAUGUCUUAUUGGGCAUCCAGUGGAAGUCCAGGUUGAGGAUGGCUCCUCUUAUUCUGGAAUACUUCAUGUGUUUGAUGCUGAUAAAGAUCUUGGAAUCAUCUUGAGAAUGGCUCGUCUGACUAAAGAUGGUUCUCGAGGACUGAGCAUGUCAGAUCUUGCAAAGAAGCCACCUUUAAAGACGUUGAUCAUACCAGCAAAAGAUCUAGUGCAAAUUAAAGCUAAGGGUGUCCCUGUGACAAAAGAGGGUUUGUCAAAUGAGCUCCAAUCUGUAAAACAGCAGGAGCUUUUGAUAGAUUCCUUCAUAUCACAGUCAAGUCGAGUCGACCAAGAGAGAGAAUUAGAACGCUGGGUUCCUGAAGAUGAUGAUCCUGGCCGUCCGGAGUUGGAGAACAUCUUUGAUGGCCACUGGGAUAGGGGUUGGGAUCAAUUUCGUGUAAAUGAAACAUUGUUUGGAGUGAAGAGCACUUUUGAUGAGGAGCUUUAUACAACCAAACUUGAGAAGGGUCCACAAACUAAAGAGUUAGAAAAGGAAGCUUCAAGGAUAGCUAGAGAAAUUGAGGGAGAGGAUACCCGUGAUAUUCAUCAAGCUGAGGAAAGAGGAAUAAAACUGCUUGAGAAAUUUGAGAUUGAUGAAGAAAGCAGAUAUUCAUCAGUGUUAAGGGGAGUUGAUGACAGCGGGUAUGAUGAUAUUGAGGACAUUUUGGUGGAUACUCGUAAUGAUGAAACAUUUGGAGGUGGCUAUGCAGGAACUCUGCAGUUCUUUCCUGGCAGUGGGAAGGUUAAUGAUGGAGCUCAAGGGUCAACAAGAUCUUCACAUAUGGAUGAAGGAUUUGCUUCUUCAUCAGUUACAUCCAGGGAAGUACACCAAUCUGGCAGCGAUGAUGCCAGACAGUUGCCAGUUGGUCUGUUGGCUAAGGAUUCUGAAUCUGCAGGAGAUAUCAGAUCCUAUGAUAACCAGUUUGCUGACCAUACUGGAACAAGUUACUCAAAGGACGAUACAGAAGUGGAGAGAGCUCAAACCUCAAAAGCUGAUGAUUCAAGGCCAUCUCUCUUGCCAAAGAAAGAAAGCUCUGAUAGAGGUGGUUUAUCUGCAACUGCGACUGCAUAUGCUCCAUCACUUGUUUCUUCUAAAAGCCAGGAAAAUGCCAGUUCUAAUGAUCAACCAGAGGGUAUAGGGUCUUCGAAGGUCACUGGGACUUCGCAAGCUGUUGGUUCUCAUGCUCGUACUAGUAGCUCUGCUUCAUCAACUUCUGAUUCUGGAGGUGGAGGUGCUGCAGCCGCUCGUGGUCCUGGAUUAUCUCCGACCUCAUCCAUGGGUUCAUUGACCUCUGAAAAAUCAACUCUGAAUCCCCAUGCUAAAGAAUUCAAGCUAAAUCCAAAUGCAAAGAGUUUUAUACCCUCGCAGUCGCCUUUGAGACCUGCAUCUCCAGUGGCUGAUACUUCAUUCUAUUAUUCAGCGGCUGCUGUACCGCCCAUGCCUGUUGGCUUAGGGAUUGGACCCUCAUUUGCUGCACACCAACCUGUCAUAUACAAUCCACAAGCUGCUCCACCACCACAGCCUUAUUUUCAUCCCGGUGGACCUCAGUAUGGACGUCAGAUGAUGAUUGGCCACCCUCAGCAAGUCCUUUACAUGCCAGCAACCUAUACUCCUGAAAUGCCAUACAAGGGGAGAGAGUAUUAAGCUUUGUUGGUUUGGAGCUGGUUCGUCCUCAUGGUUUGACAAAUUGCUGACAAAGAGUCUCUGCUUGGACCAGUGUUUUUUUUGGUGAAUGAGCCCCAGCAGCUGACAAAUAUAGCAGUUCACAGUGCUUCAUCGAGCAGGAAAAGUACCAAGUUUCGAAGAUGUAAUGAUUGGCAUAGCCUUGUAUAAUUUUUCCCCACCUUAUAGUGUUCUUUUGCCUUUGGUGCUUCGCUUUUCUUUUGGUCCCUUUCUUUUACCGAGACUUUAACACUGCUUAUUUUUACUUUUAACCUUUCACCCCUUCAUCAAUAUAUAUGUGAUUACUCUGUUUAUUGGUAGUAACUUGGUGAUUCUUGUCUCAUAUAUCCCAACUUUUUAGAUUUAUUUGCUCAUUGCUAUUUACUUUUUUUUUUCCCC